AUGAAGAGGCGCGGCGGUCUGGUUCUUCUCUGCGCUCUAGCAGCCGCGCUCUGCGUGGCGCACGCGCACGGACACUCCCGGCACCACUCCCAGUACUGUCAGUGGGAUGGGUGGGGGCUGCGCUGCAAACAAUGCAAAGACGGCUUCUACCUGCAGAGGCCAGGAUUGAUCUGCACUCCCUGCAAUUGUCACCCCACAGGGGCCAUCAGCGCCACCUGUGACAGCAGGGGGCGGUGCAGCUGUAAAGAUGGCGUCAGUGGAGAAAAAUGCGACCGCUGCUCCAAUGGAAUAAUGGGUCCAAAUGGAUGUUCACCAAGACGUCAGCCCAGAGAGGAUUCUGGGAAUUUACCAUGUUUCUGCUAUGGACACAGUAGUCGGUGUUUUUCACAAUCUGGCUUCUCCGUCCACAACAUCAGCUCCACCUUCACCUCUGGUUCUGAGGGUUGGAGGGUGACCACAGCAAAAGGUGACACCCCCCGUGACGUUCUCUUCCGCUGGUCACCCAAAUACCAGGACUUAGAGGUGAUAUCCAAAGAAAGUCUGCCCAUUUACUUGAGCGCGCCUGACUCUUACCUGGGAAACCAGCUGCUGAGCUACACUCAGAACUUCUCCUUUGGGUUGCGACUGGACCGUGGAGUACGUCGCCCAUCAGCUGCUGACGUGAUUCUGGAGGGAGCUGGUUUGAGGGUGUCGGCCUCUCUGGGGGACCUGAGCUCCAUUGUGCCUUGUGGUCAGAAGAUUGGCUAUAGCUUCAGGCUGGACCAGCAGCCGGGCAGCGGAUGGAGGCCUCCACUGUCCCCCUUUGAGUUCCAGAAGCUUCUCCAGAACCUCACAGCCAUCAGGAUCCGGACCACGUUUGGAGAAGCCGGACGUGGUUACCUGGACAAUGUCAAUCUAGUGUCAGCUCGGCGUGGAAGUGGUGUCCCGGCCCAGUGGGUGCAGACCUGUAUCUGUCCUCCGGGACACGAGGGCGACUCGUGUGAGCGCUGCUCAGCCGGGUUCAGGCGCAGCAUCCCUGCGGAUGGAGCAUUCAGUCCCUGCAAGCCUGGAGACCCAGAGAACCCAGACCGUUUCUCUGCAGAUGAGACACCCACUGUUCAGCGCUGCCAGUCAGGGUUUUACAAAGAGCCAAGGCAGGGGGGCGCAUGUGUGCGGUGUCCCUGCGCAGAGGGAGAGUCCUGCUCACUGCCUCCUGGAUUUGUUGAACCUCGCUGUGACCGCUGCCCAACAGGAACCAGCGGUCCUGGAUGUGACACCUGUCUGGAAGGAUUUUAUGGUGACCCGGCCGGUUCCACAGGCCAACUGCGACCCUGCAAACCCUGUAACUGUGACGCUCAAGGAUCCGAAUCGGUACAGUGUGACACAUUUGGCCGCUGUCGCUGUAAGCCGGGCUUUGAGGGUCCAACAUGCCGCAGGGCUAGUUGUCCCGCCUGUUUCAGCCCUGUCCAAAGAAAAGUGGAGGAGAACGCCGCCAAAGUAAAAGAGCUGGAGAGGCUGUUACCAGACCAGGACUCUGGUCCAAGGCCAGGUGACUCCUCCAAGAUGGAGGCCGCACUAAAGGUCACAGAGGAGCUGCUGAAUUAUCUGCAGGAGACCACAGAGGAGCUGAAAGAAAUAGAGAAAGGACUGCAGGGUCGACUGUCGUCUGUCAGACGGACUCAGCUGACCGAGCGGCAGGACAUCCAGGACAUCGCUCGUGAGGUCGACAGCAUCGUAAAACAACGACAGACUUACGAGACAAAGGUGAAGGAGGUGCAGGCCCUGCUGGAGGUGAUGGAACAGAAGAUGGAGGAGGGAAAGGCCAAAAUCCGAUCAGUCGAGGUUCCAGUUAGCGAUGCUCCACUAAGUCCAAACAACCUGACUUCCCUGGUGCCGAAAGCCUCCAGCCUGGCUGACCAACACCAGAAAAAGGCAAACGCUGUGGAGCGAACAGCCAAUGAGGCGCUAAGCGACUCGGAGAAGAGUCUGGCUCUGCUGAGGACUCUGACUAACCGAGAGAACAAAGUCAAGGAGCUGAUCGGGGAUCUGAAAGCACUGAACGAGCAGAAUUUGUCUGAGGUCAAGAUUCUGGAGAAGGAGGCGAGCCGCCUCAGCGACGAAGCCACAGAGGAGAGCAAAAUGGCCGACGACAUGUUGAAGGACAUCGCCAUCAUGGAAGGGAAGAUCCCGGGAUCAGGAACGGAGCAGAUCGACGCCAUGGCUGCCAGGCUGGACGAGACAAAGGAGGCUGUGAAUAAGAACAUCUCAGACCUGGAGGAUCUUCAGACUGUGGUCCAACAAGAACAGGCUGCAGCCAGAGACCUGCUGGAUGAAGGCAGAGCUGGCCUCCAGGAGUUCAACAGACUGCUGGACAGAGUCAAUGGUGCCAAGGCUGUGACGGAGGAGGCUCUUAAACGCAUCACCAUUAACAACAAUAAGCUUGACGACGCCCUCAGUGGCCUGAGAGACUUUGAGCAGCAGGUGGAUGGCAGCAAGACUCUGGCUGAUGAUGCCAUCAGCCGUCUCCCAGGAAUAAACGGCACCAUCCAGAGGGCAGCUGGAAACAACGCCAGGACCCAGUCUGUGCUGGCAAACGUGUCUGCAGACCACAGUGAAGCUCUAGCAGCCAUUAACGCGCUGAAGGACCAGCUCAGCGGGCUGAAGGAGGGCGUUGGAAAUCUGCCGGAUCACUCCGGGUUGGAGGGGGGAGCCGCCACACUCAACACUGAGGCAAAAGACCUGAAGACGGAGGCAGAGCAGACAGCUAGAGACCUGGAGGAGGAUCUGAAUGAGGCCAGAGCGUUAAAGGAUGACGCUGAGGAGGCGGCUGUGGGAGCGGCUGCAGCUUCAGACGGAGCCAAGCGUGGCAGAGAGGCGGUGGCUCGAACCCUGCAGGACAUCAACAAGCUGCUGGCUGACAUGGAGCACUCUGCUGUGGAUGAAGAUCAGCUGAAGCAGCUGGAGGACUCCCUGUCCAGAGUUCAGGAGGAGGUGCACGGCCGUCUCACGUCCCGGCUGCAGGACAUGUGGGAGCAAGAGGGCGCUCAGCGCCGCCACCUGUCGAGGAUCAGCCUGGACUUGGACCGGCUCCUGGUUGACGUGACUAACCUGGAGGACAUCCUGAAUGCGGUUCCCAGUGGAUGCUACAACACCGACCCCAUCGAGGAGGCCUGAAUGGCGCCCCCUUCAGGUUCCUCAAUCCAGAUCCUGUUUGAGAUGAAGAUAAAAGUCUUCAAUAAUUUAGACAAAAAGAUUAAGCUGCUACAACCAGAGUUGCCUUCAUGGUCUCAUGGAAAUAUCAGCUUCAAAGGGAUCUGCUUUGCUGUUCUCUGGUACUGACACCUGUUUUUACUACACCAGACGCUUUUGUUAUUUAUUCAAAUCUUCAAAGAAGAUUUUUGAAAAGACUAUUAUAUUUUAGAGAAAGAGAUUUAUUCAUGGAAGACUUGAAGUUGGAAUGAUGGAAAAGAUGCUUCUCUGAAGGGAAUGAAUGUCUGGAUUUCUGAUUUUUAAUUUUUAUUUUUUACCUGAAGCAGUUAUUUUUCUUUUCUGCUUCUUUUCUAUGUCGUAAUGUUCCUGUAAUUUUCCUGAUUUGUGUUGUUUCCGAGCCAAACAAAUAAAUGUUUUUUCUGUUGA